AUGCCAGCACCAACAUCCAGUCCUGGUCAAAGAACCAGCCACACCGACUUUGACCUCAUCAUUGUCGGCGCAGGCAUUGCCGGCAUCAAUGCCGCCUAUCGCUUCCAGACCGGCGGCGGCGGCGGCACCUCCCACCACCACCACAGCUCGUAUGCCAUUUUCGAGGCGCGCGAUGCCGUCGGCGGUACCUGGGAUCUCUUUCGCUACCCGGGCAUCCGGUCCGACUCGGACAUUUUCACCUUUGCCUUUCAGUGGAACACUUGGCCAAAAAGGGGCACCAUGGCCAGCGGCGCCGAGAUUCGCGCCUACAUCAAGGAAUCGGCGCAAAAGACGGGCAUCUACGACAAGAUCCGCUUCCGGCACAAGAUUGUCGCCGCCAACUGGGAGUCGGAGCACUCGCGCUGGGCAAUCACCACUACUACGGUCCCCGGCGGCGGCGGUGGUGCUGCUGCUGCUGCACAGACCAAGAUUUACUACAGCCAGUUUGUCUAUCUCGCGACGGGCUAUUACGACUACGAGACGCCUCUUUCUACCACUAUUCCCGGAAUCGAAAACUUCCAGGGCAAGGUGCUGCAUCCGCAGUUUUGGCCCAAGGACCUCGACUACACGGACAAGGACGUCGUCAUCAUCGGUAGCGGCGCCACGGCGGUGACCAUGGUGCCCUCCAUGACCGACAAGGCCAAGCAUGUGACCAUGUUGCAGAGAAGUCCGACCUACAUUUUUCCUCUGCCUCAGUACGGAACGCUGGCCCAAAUUGUGCUGUUUCUCUUUCCCCGGCCCGUCGCCCACCUCAUUCUCCGCGCGGGCUGGAUCCUGCAGCUCGUCUUUAUGAUUCAGUUCUGCAAAUACUUUCCCGGCAUCGUCCGCCGCGUCAUCAAGCACGAAAACGUCAAGCGGCUGCCGGCCGAGGUGCCCUGGGACCCUCACUUUAACCCGCGCUACAACCCGUGGGAGCAGCGUCUCUGCGCCUCGCAAGACGGAGACAUUUUUGCUGCCCUCGGCACCGGCAAGGCAAGCGUCGUCACCGAUACCAUCAGUGUUGUGACGGAGAAGAGCAUCAAGCUCAGUUCCGGGAGCGUUUUACAUCCCGACAUUAUCGUCACGGCGACUGGGCUGCGGCUCAGCUUUGCGGGCGGCAUGGACGUCACCGUUGACGGACAGCACAUGGACCAGUCCAAGCAGUUUCUGUGGAAGGGCACCAUGCUGCAAAACGUUCCCAACUUGUUCUUUACGAUUGGCUUUGAAAACGCGUCGUGGACGCUGGGCUGCGACUGCGCGGCGCAUCUGACGGUCCGCGUCAUUGAGCAGCUGAGGCAGAGGGGGCUCAGGGUUGCGGUGCCGCGCAUGAGUGCGUCGGAUCAAGAGACAAUGGUCCCCAAGCCAUUGUUUAGCCUAAAGGCGACGUAUCUGGACAAGGUCAACGAGCAGCUUCCCAAGGGAGGCAGUGGCGUUUGGGCGCCUCGAACAAACUACCCAGUGGAUCUGUGGAAGUCGACAUAUGGUGACAUUGAAACGGACCUAGAGAUGAAGUAG